AUGACAGCAAUAUUCCAUGAUAUGAUACAUGAAAAUAUUGAGGUAUAUGUUGAUGACAUCGUCGUCAAAUCACAGAGCAAGUUCGACCAUAUUCAUGACCUUGAGAAAGCAUUCCAAAGAUGUAGAAGGUACAAGCUCAAGAUGAAUCCCCUCAAAUGUGCCUUUGGCGUAAAUGCAGGGAAAUUUUUGGGAUUUGUCGUACAUAAGAAUGGUAUAAGCAUUGACGAAGACAAGACCAAAGCUAUAUUAGCCAUAAGGGUACCACAAUCAUCCAAAGAAUUGAAAAGUUUUCUUGGAAAAGUUAUGAUAGCACCACUACCAGAAGUUCCACUGCUAUUAUAUUUGGUUGUUACCGAAACAUCUAUUGGGACGCUAUUAGCACAGGAGGUUGAUGGGAAAGAGAACCCCGUGUAUUACCUCAGUAGGCAAAUGAAAGGGGUCGAGAUAAAUUAUCUGUAUGUUGAAAAACAGUGUCUGGCCUUGGUGUACACAACUCAAAGAUUGCGACAUUACUUGGUAGCACAUAAAGUAAUGAUAAUGACUAAAGCAUACCCCAUAAAAUCCAUGCUCAAUAAACCCAUACCUUCUUGUAGAAUAACUCGCUGGAUACUAAUGCUCAACGAGUUUGAUAUCAGCGUCAUGUAUCCAAGAGCACAAAAAAUUCAAGCCUUGUCUGAUUUGCUAACAUAUUCAUCCAAUAAUGACAAGGAUUGGACCCCAAAAGAAAUCCCAGGAGGUUUACCUGAAGCUAUGGUUUGUGAUGACGAAAUACAAAAGAAAUGGAUAAUAACAUUUGAUGGGUCGUCAACCUCCAAUGGGGGAGGUGCAGGAAUAGUAUUGACCAACCCAGAAGGUAAGAAUCAUACUCAGGCAAAUAAGUUGUCUUUUGAUUGUACUAAUAAUGAGGCUGAAUAUGAGGCACUUAUUUUGGGAAUGACAGCUGCACUAAACAUGGAAGUAAAAAAAGUUGUAAUUAAGGGAGACUCUAAGCUCGUUAUCCAGCAAGUCAAAGGAGAAUUUUCUGUGAAAGAACCAUCACUGGCAAUAUAUCGAGUAAUGGUCCAAGAAUUAGCAAAUAAUUUUCAGGAAUGUCAGUUUGAACACAUGCCUCGAACACAAAAUAGGUAUGUUGAUGCUUUAGCUACCAUGGCUUCUAAGGUUGAGGUAUCUGAAACUCAAAAUUUGGGAUCAACAGGAUUUGCACCAUUCUAUUUGGUAUAUGGGUCAGAAGUAGUACUACCUGCAGAGAUAGAUGUACCUUCCGCCAAGUUGGCCAUGGCAGCAGGAAUGGAUGUGCAUCAAGCAAGACUAGAAGAAUUGGAAUUGGUGGAUGAACGAAGGGAAAAAGCCAAAGAUAACCUGCUACAAUAUCAAUGA